AUGGGCUUGCAUUCGCUGCUGCAUAAGGCCAAGGAGGGCCUCGAAGAGCUGCUCGAGGGCGAAGAGAGACAUUCGCACACCCACGACGGCCACGAGUGUCACCAGGACGCCUCGCAUGCCGAGUACAGCAGCAACCGCUUCUGCUCCUUCGCGCCCCAGAGCUCGGGACAUGCCAAGUGGUAUGUCGACGGCGCCUCGUAUUUCUGGGCCGUCUCUGUGGCCCUGGAAGAGGCCCGAGAGUCCAUCUACAUCCUGGACUGGUGGCUGAGCCCCGAGCUGUACCUUCGCCGCCCCCCUGCACGCAAUGAGCGCUACAGGUUGGACUACAUGCUCAAAGCCGCCGCCGAGCGAGGCGUGCGCGUCUACGUGAUAGUCUACAAGGAGGUGCCGCAAGCGCUGACUCCCCUGCAUCCAAACAUCAAGGUGUUCCGGCACCCUGACCACUAUCCGAGCGGCAAUGACUUCGUCUCGGAACUCUCGUCCAGCCUGCAGAAUUUCAGCUUGAAGACAUUCGACCUUGCCCGCGCUUCCGAGGACGUCAUCAAGGGUCUCUAUGGCACCGCCGAGGACACUGUGCUCUUUUGGGCACACCACGAGAAGCUCUGCCUCAUUGACGGCCGGGUUGCCUUCAUGGGAGGUCUAGAUAUGUGCUUCGGAAGAUGGGAUACGAACAGCCACCCCAUCGCGGACGCCCAUCCUGGAAACGUGGACCAGAUCCUGUUCCCGGGACAAGACUACAAUAACGCAAGGAUCUACGACUUUGAGGACGUCGAUAAGUGGGAGAACAACAAGCUCGAUCGCACCAAAAGCUCACGCAUGGGAUGGUCCGACAUCAGCAUCAGCCUCUCGGGCCCGAUCGUGGAUAGCCUUGCCAUCCACUUCGUCCAGCGUUGGAACUUUAUCUUCAACUCGAAAUACAUUUCCCGUGACAUCGGCAAGUACCAGCUGCUGGAAGGGCCUCCCACUCAUCGCCACGCCGCCUCCCACCUAUUGGAAGAUGGAGAGGAGUACUUUGGCGGGCUGCACCGUCGCUUUACACGCCACAUGCACCGCUUCCUUGGAGACGCAGGAGAGGAGACAUUCCGCGGGCCGCAGGGACCAAGCGAUGGCGCCCACAUUCAACUGACUCGGAGUUGCUCCAAGUGGUCGAUGGGUGUCAGCACGGAGCACUCGAUUGCCAAUGCGUACAUCGAGGCGAUCAGGAACGCCAGGCACUUUGUCUACAUUGAGAAUCAGUUCUUCAUCACGGCGACGUCAGACGAGCAGAAACCGGUGGGCAAUAAGAUUGGCCGGGCCAUUGUCGACCGUAUCCUCCGAGCGCACGAGAAUGGCGAGUACUUCCACAUCGUGGUCGUGAUGCCUGCCGUGCCUGCCUUUGCUGGAGACCUCAAGUCCGACGGCGCGCUGGGCACGAGAGCAAUCAUGGAGUUCCAAUACAACAGCAUCAACCGUGGCGGGCAUAGCAUUGUCGAGACUCUGCGGAACUCGGGCGUCGAGGAUCCCCACAGGUACAUUACCUUCUACAACCUACGCAGCUUCGACCGGAUCAACACGAGCGCCAUCAUGGGACGCGCCGAGCGCGAGAGCGGCGUGCGCUACGAGACCGCGCGACGUGAGUUCGACGAGCGUUACGAGGGAUACGAUUACGAGCGGGAUCAGCACGUCCAUGGCGACGGCCGAGGUGACGAGUACGGGUGGGGCGACGGACCGCGCCGCCGCGAGGACUAUGGCCGUGGUGACGACGGGUACUACGGUCGCGGCGGCAAUGACUAUGCGAGCAGUGGUCAGUACGGUUACGAUGACAGCCAAUACCGACGCUACCAGGAGGCCGCCCGUCAUCUGUCGGACCAGACCUGGGAUACCAUCUCGGCGUGCUACAUGGAGAACGGGCCGGAUCUGCGCCGCAUCCCAUGGACCGGCUCCCCCGAGGACGAAUUCAACGCGUUCGUGUCCGAAGAGCUGUACAUUCACAGCAAGGUCCUCAUCGCCGACGACCACCUCGUCAUCUGCGGCUCAGCCAACCUCAAUGACCGAUCGCAGCUUGGCAACCACGACAGCGAGAUCGCUGUCGUCAUUGAGGACCCCACUCCCGUUCCGAGCAUGAUGGCCGGUAGGCCCUACACAGCCUCUGCUUUCGCGACGUCCCUCCGCCGUCAGCUCUUCCGCAAGCACCUUGGCCUGCUGCCGGACCAGCGCCCGGACGCGGUCACCCGCAACUGGACCCCCGUCACGCACGACCCGACCAACGAGUACGACUGGGGCUCGCCCGCCGACCGGCUGGUGCAGGACCCGAUGAGCCCGGAGUUCCUGCGCCUGUGGCAGACCACGGCAAGGCGGAACACGGAGAUCUUCAGCCGCGCGUUCCACCCCGUGCCGAACGACCAGGUGCGCACCUGGGAGGACUACGACCGCUUCUUCUCGCGCCACUUCGUCAUCCCCGGCGAGCCGGCCGAGCAGGCGGCCGAGGGGUACAAGCAGGGCAAGGUCGACUACGGACACGUCGUGCCGGACGAGUUCCCGGGCGGCGUCGAGGAGCUGAAGGAUUGGCUGGCCGGUAUCAGGGGAACUCUGGUCGAAAUGCCGCUGCAGUUCCUGAUUGAUGUGGAGGAUCUGGCGAAGAACGGGCUGACGCUGAACAGCUUGACCGACAAGCUUUACACGUAAGGGGAGUCGAGCAAAGACGCCGUCACCAAGGGAUAGUCCCACCUUUUCAGUAAGCCACGG